AUGCCCUCCUCCACGCUCUGGGAGAGGACCAAGGGGACGUCCAAGAAAGGCUUCGACAAGGCCUGGCACACCCUCGACAAGCUGGGCGACCCCGUCAACCGCCUCUCCUACCGCGUCGGCGCCGAGGCCUUCUGGCCCAUGAGCCUCGAUAAAGAAAGCGACAAAGCCGCGCGCAUCCUGCGCAGUUUCUGCAAGGAUGGAUUCUACGCGAACGACGAUGCCGACCGGCGGAGCACCGACAGCACGGCCAGCAAGGACACUGGCAAACUCACCCGCCCCAAGGGCAAACAACGAGUCAUCAAGAAGAUCCCCGCCAAGGUGAUCCAGCGGGCCAAGGGCAUCGCCAUCUUCACCACCAUGCGCACCGGGCUCUGGGUCAGUGGGUCCGGGGGCAGUGGCGUGCUGCUGGCCCGCAUCCCCGAGACCGACGAAUGGAGCCCGCCGUCGGGGAUCAUGCUGCACACGGCGGGCAUCGGUUUCCUGGCGGGCGUGGACAUCUACGACUGCGUGGUGGUCAUCAACACCUACGAGGCGCUGGAGGCCUUCAAGAAGGUGCGCUGCACCCUGGGGGGCGAGGUCAGCGCCGCUGCUGGGCCCGUGGGCAUGGGCGGCGUGCUCGACUCCGAGGUGCACAAGCGACAGGCGCCCAUCUGGACCUACAUGAAGAGUCGCGGGCUCUACGCGGGCGUGCAGGUGGACGGCACCAUCAUCAUCGAGCGCAGCGAUGAGAACGAGCGCUUCUACGGGGAGCGCAUCUCCGUGUCCGACAUCCUCGCCGGCAAAGCCCACCACCCGCCCGCCUCCAUCCAGACUCUCCUCGCCACCAUCAAGGCGGCGGAGGGCGAUGCCAGCGUCGACGAGGCCCUGCUGCCCCCGCCCGGCGAGGCCCCCGGUGAUGCCGAGCUGGCCCUGUCCCCGGGCUCCUUUGGCGUUCCCGACCCCGAAGACCCCGAUCCGUUCGGCGUGAAGGCGUUGGAGGCCGAGGGCCUGUUCAUCCGCGAGGCCGGGUCCCGAAGCCGACCGUCGCAGGAGGUCUUCGAGUUCAAGCCGGGCCCCAACAGUCCCAUCUAUGCGACUUUUCGCCGGAGUGUCGAUAGCUCCACGCGCAACAGCUGGCGCGCCAGCGUGCAGAGCUAUGCCAGCAUGGACCGGGGCACGCAGACCGAUUGUGCUCCGCCGACAGCGCCGACCUCCAUCAGUCGGGCCUCGUCGCGCAGCUAUCGCGACGUUUCGGACCGGGCGGAGAUCAGCCCGUGGACGGAUGGCGAGGAUGCCCGCUGGGACACUGUCAUUCCCGAGCACGAGGAGGCUCGCGCUCGCGCGGAGGCCGAUGAGGAGGAGGACGAGGAGGAGGAGGAGGAGGUGGAGGUGCAUGAGGUCAUCAGUGCCACGGUGUCGAAGCGCGACACUGGUGACGAUCCCAAGCGCAUCCCCCCGGCUCUGCCUCCGCGCAACCCCCAUCGCACGCCCGCCUCUGCCUCCACCUCCACGCCCACCUCGCCCACCUCCGUCUCCCUGUCGCCCAACCGCCGCCGCUCCGUGGCCUCGAGCCCCGGACGUGCCGCCUGGGGCCUGAUGGAGCUGCCGCUGAACCCGAGGAACGACGAUUCGGCCAGCGAGGUCUCCUCCAUCGGUGCCCCGGAGUCGUCCAACAAGCUGUCCCUCGACAAGGACGAGUUCCACUCGGUGUCCAGCCUGCAUGACUCGGACGUGGCGUCGGAGAAAGAGGUCGCGGUCAACGGCCACAGCCACGUCGACCCCUCCGACGAGAGCACGUCCCCGUCCCCCUCCAUUGCGUCGCAGGCCAAGUCGGACAGCCCCGAGCUGGCUGCCACGAAGACGAUCACUGCUGACGCAGACAUCCACCUCGACACUGCCGUGCAACCCCAAACCGCCUAG